CUCGUCAUCUAUCAGAGAAGGAGCAGGGACGAAAACCAACCCCGGAAACUUUCUGGGAAUCUUUAAAACCCUAAAUCCCGGAAAUUUAAAAGAAAAAAAAAAAGAAGUAAAAUCCCCCUGCAGUUACGUUGCCUACUCUCCUCCGCCUUUUUUUUCAGCAGUCAGCAGACGGCAAGUCAAGUCGGUUCGGGAGGACUAAGUGAGGUUGGGAGCAUAUAAUAGUGAAGUAGACUAUGGGAAUACCGGCAUUCUAUCGGUGGCUAGCAGAACGAUACCCGCGCUCAGUUGUCGACGUUCCAAUUGAUACCACCGCUCCAAACCCUAAUGGCCUCGAGUUCGAUAACCUCUAUCUGGACAUGAAUGGAAUCAUCCAUCCCUGCUUUCAUCCCGAUGGAUUGCCUGCUCCGGAGACUUAUGACCAAGUAUUUAAGGCGGUAUUCAAGUACAUUGACAGAUUAUUCUCCAUGAUUAGGCCGCGCAAACUUUUUUACAUGGCAAUCGAUGGUGUGGCACCGCGUGCCAAGAUGAAUCAACAGCGGGCAAGACGGUUCAGAGCUGCUAAAGAUGCGGCAGAUGAAGCAUCUAAAACAGAGACAUUGAAAGGGGUCCAUGUGCCAGAAGGAGAGGAUUUUGGAAAUAAAAAGCUGGAUUCUAAUAUAAUUACUCCUGGAACUGAAUUCAUGCAACUCUUGUCAUCUGCACUUCGAUAUUAUGUACACUUGAAGAUGAACUCCGUCUCCGGUUGGCGAGGAAUCAAGGUUAUUCUGUCUGAUGCUAGUGUGCCUGGUGAAGGGGAACACAAGAUUAUGUCUUACAUCCGUUUGCAAAGAAAUUUGCCAGGAUUUGAUCCAAAUACACGACAUUGUUUGUAUGGAUUGGAUGCAGACCUGAUAAUGCUUGCAUUGGCUGCACAUGAAAUCCAUUUUUCUAUUUUGAGAGAGGAUGUCCGCAAAGCUCUGCCUAAGGACAAAAACCAAAGACAAGAAAUGGUGAAGCCAAUGCAAGGGGAAGGAUAUCUUAGGGAUUUUGAAGCCUUUAUAUCAAGACAAAGAUUUCAGUUUCUCCACAUUUGGGUACUCAGGGACUACUUAGCACAUGAGUUGCAAAUACCGGAUGCAACAGUGAAAGUUGACCUGGACCGACUCAUAGAUGAUUUUGUAUUCAUGUGUCUGUUUGUUGGUAAUGAUUUUUUACCACAUGUGCCAUCACUGGAAAUAUCAGAGGGGGCAAUUGAUUUGCUCAUGUUGGUGUACAAGAAAGAGUUCACUCAAAUGGGUGGUUGUCUUACUAAUUCUUGUGAGGUUGAUUUGGAGCGGGUGGAGCAUUUUGUAAAAGCAGUUGGAGCACAUGAGAAUGCCAUAUUCAGGAAACGUGCACAGGCACAAAAAGCAUGGGAUAUAAACUUGAAACGUUGUUCAGUUAAAUCUAGAGCCAUGGAAGUUCAGAGUACAACAGACCAUUUUUGUACCGAAACCAGAUUUGCAGUUGACAAGGUCAAAUUAGGAGAAGAGGGAUGGAAGGAAAGAUAUUAUAUUGAAAAAUUUGAGGUUCAAAAUGAUGAAGAGUAUGGAAAAAUACAAAGGCAUGCGGUAAGGAGAUAUUGCUGCCGUGCCAAUACCAUUAGGUCUUCAAAUAUGUCGAAGGAAUUUCUUGGGUCAUGCAUUAUUACUACCAAGGAGUUUGCUCUUGGCAAUGAUUUCCAUGGUCUUCACCAGCUCGAAAUAAAGUUCAAUCUUGGUAAACCGUUCAAGCCUUUUGAUCAGUUAAUGGCAGUUCUCCCUGCUGCAAGUGCGCAGGCACUCCCAUUCUUUUACAGAAAGUUAAUGACAGAUCCAUCAUCUCCUAUUUUGGACUUCUACCCAAGAGAUUUUGAACUUGACAUUAACGGAAAAAGACAUGCUUGGCAGGCGGUGUGUAAAUUACCAUUCAUCAACGAGUUACGCCUUCUCGCAGAGAUUGAAAAAGCUGAACAUACUUUGACAGAUGAAGAAAAACGAAGAAACAGUUUGGGUCUUGAUCUACUAUUUGUUCACACAUCGCAUCCUUUGGCUGCUAAGAUCUUUUCCUUCUGCAAGCGCAACAAAUAUAACCCAAAAUUGCCCAAGGCUAAAGUGAAAAGAAAAAUUAACCCCGAAUUCAGGUAAAAAAUCAUCAGCGAACAGCUUACUGAUGAAACCAAUAGCUACAAUUAUUUUGUGUGUGCGUGUUUCUCUUUUUCAAUGUGGGACGGAGGAUGUGAUCCUUAGAUUAGGGACUGCCUCAAAUGUAGUUAGAUUACCCUUAAUAGCUUUAUGCUUCAGCACUAUGACUUUUCCCUGUGGCACCAGAUUUUCUGUGGAUGAUGCUGAUACUGGAAGAAUCUUAGAAAGCAAGGCACAGGAUUAAAUACUCCAUAUGGCAUUGCAAGUAUAUAUUCUGGGUUGAUAGGCCGACAUGUUCUAUUGCUUCAUCAGAAGCCAUUUAACCAGUUCAGAAAUUUUAAAUUUGAUAUGCACCUAGUGCUAGUAACUUGAUUAUGAACAUCUUCCCCAAUUCUUUUAAUUUUUAACACUUUUCUAAUGUUUUCACAUCAAUAUUUUGCUAUGUACUUGCUUUCUUGUCAAUUGGCACCUUUAUCUUGUCUGAAAUAUUUUCUGGAUUCUGGAAGCCAGGCGGAUGACAACAUAAAUGUUUUGUCAAACUUUCCCAAGGGUUUAAAAUGUCUAGAUUUUUUUAUAAAUCAUGCACAUGUUGUUUUAUCAUUUAAAUUCUUAUCUUCUAUCCUGGGACAAUAUCUGCAGAUCAUUCAUGUUCUGCAUAUGAAUGCCCACAAUCAUAAAGAUACUUC